UCUCUAUUACCAAAACCCAAAGACUAAAUUCAUUCCUUCAAUCUUUCUCAUAGAUCAUCAUCGUCUACCUAACCCAAUAAAAUGGACACCAAAGAAAUCUACAACGAAGUCAACAAACGCUACGGCUCCAUAAACCAAAGCACCAACGGCCAAUACGAGCAGACCGUUGCAAAAGCAUUCGGCUACACCUCCGAGGAACUCGCAAGUGUCCCUGAAGGUGCGAAUCUAGGGUUGAGCUGUGGGAAUCCCCUUGCGUUGGCUAAGUUGAAAGAUGUACUCGUUUCGUUUCUUUGUGUCUAUGGCAUUACCUGACUGUUUGAAAAGGGAGAAACUAUCAUCGACCUUGGAUCUGGGGCUGGUUUCGAUGUCUUCGCUGCUGCCAAGAAAGUCGGGGUGUCGGGGAAGGCUAUUGGGGUUGAUAUGAAUAAGGUAUUCCCUCACCUCGCGAGAGAACCCAGAAAUAUUGUUUUGGUGUUAAUGAUUUGAAAUAGAAUAUGAUUGAUAAAGCAAAGGCCAUUAAGUCAAAAGGCAACUUUGAGAAUGUUGAGUUUCUCGAGGGAGCAAUCACUUGCAUUCCAUUGCCAGACAACACAGCGGACUGUAUCAUCAGUAACUGUGUCAUCAACCUGGUGCCCGGAAUGGAAAAACAGCUUGUUUUCAAUGAGAUGUACCGUGUUCUCAAAAGCGGUGGUCGUGUUGCAGUCAGCGAUAUCCUGGCACGAAAGGAGUUGACUGAAGACUUGAAGAAGAAUAUGUCUUUGUAUGUGGGAUGCAUCUCAGGAGCAAGUCAAGUCAACCAGUAUGAGGAGUAUCUCCAGAAAGCCGGGUUUAAUGGUUUGUCUUUGAAUUCGUAUUCGAAAAGCGUACGAAGACUAACCUUUUCGUGAUAGAUCUCCUCAUAGUGGACAGCAAAAAUGACUUGAAUGUUUAUCAUACUGCAGUUUCAGAUGAUUCUUCAUGUUGUGGCCCUGUAGCCCCAGCUGGAUGUGGACAGAGUAAAGCUGGUUGUGGACAAGUCUCAUUGCCACAAGAAAACACAUUGGGGAGUGAGUCUAAGAAGUUGGUAGCUUCACUGGAAAAUUUGGACUUCAAUGAGUGGGCUGGUAUGAUCGUCUUGAAAUGUGACUCCUGGCUAUCUUGACUGACGAUUGAUAGCUUCCUUCCAGAUAUACGCCAUAAAGCCAACGACUAAGUGAUAUUGCGAUGAGGAGACAUGGGCAUUCAU